AUGCGGCAUCUGGCUGCAUUCGACCAGUCUGGCCAAAUCUCUUCUCCUGCCAUUCAAAAAGAAAUCCUGGUGCCUGUGCAGACACAGUCCCCAGGGUUGAUGUUUGGAGCUCAAGACGUCAGCUUCAACCGUGUUGCGGAGGCCGUCGUUCACAUUUCCGAAAGCGGGCAUCUCUCCGAUGGCAGCCCCUGGAUCACGUGCAGCGGCGGUUCCGUGCCCUUGCCGGACGAUCAUCCGUCCUCAUAUAAGAUGCUUCGUAACCUGAACCGUUGUCUCCAAACCUCCGUGGAAAAGAAGCAGGCUCCGAGCCUUGGGAAAAGGUCAUUCACUCCUACUUUCAUGUCCGACUCACGCCGUUGUUUCCGGUAUGGAAGAAAUCAAACUUGCCUGUGCGAACGGGGAUCUGGACUUGGCACCCUGCGGGGUUUGCUCGAGGAGGCGAUUCCUCCACGCCAUACGCACAUUGUGUCGUUUCUCCUGGAUCAGAAUCCGGGGUCGGAUUGGUGGACGACAGAUCAUUGUAAGAUUGUGCGGCUGGCUCUGGAGGCAGGCCUCGACGUCUACAAAAUCUUUCUAGCCCGCGACCCCGAUGUCAUUCACUGGACCUUAAUGUUUGCGAUGGGCAAUGCCGUCAACAUUGCAAUUCGAGAGAACAACCUCGAGCUUCUCAAGUUCGUGAUAGCGAACGGCGCAAAUCCUUCCCAGCCCGAGCCUUCUUCUCUCCCCAUCCUCCAAGCCGUGCGCUUGGAAAGAGAAUUAUGCGUCCCGAUUUUAGCUAAACACAGCCCAAUGGAUGCUUGCGUCGAAGCACUUCAUUAUGCUGCUCGCUCUGGGAAAAGUCGUUGUGUUCAACUUCUGGUCGAGGCAGGCACGGAUGUCAACCAUGUUCAGCCCCCAAACUCAGCCUACUGCUUUUCUCGAGACCCGUUUGAAGAGAGCGCUUUUCACGCUGCAAUUCGCUACAACAAUGGUCAUGCUGCUCGACUAUUCCUUGAACACGGGGCUGACUGGUUUUCAUGUGAUUCCAAGGAGUGCACCGCAACCGCUCAAACACCAAUGUGGAAUAAACUCACGCGAGGAGCUGAAAGACUGAAGUUAGAAAUAGCAGGGGAUGAUCUGGGGAUGUACUUUCCCGUUUCGCGUCCGAUCAUGCCAAUUGCGUCGAGCUCAAGCGUCCAGCGACAUGACGCCAUCCCCGCCAUCACCCUUAAUCGGAGAGCGCCUCCGAAUCCUCCACCACCACCGCUGCCGGACCAUCGACCUCCAACCACAGAGGAGCUUACCAACGUGAUGGACUUCUUCAACAAUUUUGAAAUCGGCAACAAAAUCCCCCUCUUCUUCAGCUUUCACGGCCUACCAGACUUCAGACAUAGAUAA